AUGGCGGUUUCAUUAGACUCUUCUGUGCUAGACCAACUUAACACUACUGAGGCAAGAAAGCUUCAUGAACUAACAGACAAGCUCACAACCUGCGGGGUCGGCAAGAUCGUCAACCUCCCGCAGAUUAUUGUUGUUGGUGAACAAUCAGCAGGAAAAUCAUCUGUUCUAGAGGCUGUUUCUCAUGUCCGCUUCCCCGUAAAGGGAGACGUCUGUACGAGAUUUGCAACGGAGAUUGUCCUUCGCCAGGCAAAGCAGACCCGUGUGGAUGUUAGUGUUCGAUUUGACGACAAGUCUAAGCCAUCCCAGACAAUACGGAGGGUGGGAUUUAGCGAGGAUGACCUCCCUGGCAUUAUUAAAGAGGCCAAAGAAUCCAUGGGGAUAGCUUCCACAGGCAGAGACUUUUCCAAGGAUAUUUUGCGGCUAGAGAUUGAAGGGCCAAACAUGUAUCCACUAACUCUCGUGGACCUCCCAGGGCUAUAUCACGUUGAGACAGCAAAUCAGUCCAUGCAAGGCAAGAAAACGGUCGACCAGCUUGUGGAAAGCUAUAUGAGGCAGAAAAACAGCAUAAUUCUAGUUGUCGUUACGGCUAGCAACCAUCUCGCCAAUCAUAUCGCUCUAAAAAAGGUCAAGGAACAUGACCCAAACCGCGAGCGAACUCUGGGUGUCAUUACCAAGCCUGAUCUUACGCGGCAGGGAACAUUCGAGGAACGUAACUAUAUACAACUAGCAAGAAAUCAAGAGAGCGCACAUAAGCUCAAACUUGGAUGGCACGUCUUGCGUAAUAGGGCAGAGGAUGAGGAUGCCUUGGACACUCGUGACGCCACUGAAGCAAGCUUUUUUGAGACGACUGCUUGGGCAGCGAUUCCAAGGGAUGAUCGUGGGAUUGGUAGUCUGCGUAAAAAGCUAAGCAAGGUGCUGUAUAACCAUAUUCGGCAGAACUUGCCUGCGGUGAUUGACGAUAUAGAAGGAAAGCUUAGGGAGAGACAAGAAGAACUCGACCAACUGGGGCCAUCGAGGUCAAGCUCUCAGGAGAUGCGGUCAUUUCUUCUCAACAUCUCACAAAAGUUUCAAAAGCUGGUGUGGGAUGCAAUCUAUGGCCGAUACAACGAUCCGUUCUUUGGCGAUUUAGGGGAUACAAACCACAAGCUACGGGCCCAGUUGAGAAAUUUCAAUCGUGCCUUUGACUAUGUGCUGGCGACAAAGGGGUCCCGGCUUGCCAUUGCGCCUGGCCACGAUUGGGAAGAUACGCCACCCACAGCGCCAGAAUUCCUCCAAAACUUCCUUCAGGAGUACCCGUACGACUUCCCCGAACCCGAGUCCAUCAGUAGGGAGGCCCUCAGGUCGCUUCUGGAGGGUCGAGCCGCCGCCAAUCAAGGCUGUGAAUUCCCGGGCUCCUCCAACACGGAUCUUAUCAUCCAACUAUUCCAGACAUAUGCCUCACCCUGGAAGGAUAUUGCAGCGUUCCACCUUAAGCAGGUUACGCUCGUGGCAAAAGCUUUUGUUGACCACCUGUUUCGCCACAUCGUCGGUCAGUCCGACGGGAACCCGACUACUGAGGCCAUCCUUUGCGGCUGCGUGGAUCCAUUCUUUGCUGCAAAGGAGAAGCUUCUGACGGACAAGCUGGAGGAACUUCUGCAGCCAUAUCUGAGAGGCUACGGCAUGCCUCUGGAUGUCGAGUUUCGCCAAAUGGUUAUGAGUCGAACUGUCAAGCGUCUGGCGGAACGGUUGGCCGAGAUGCCAGAGAAUCGGACAAAUCAGACAGAUGUUGCCGAAUUCAAGAGACUCAAAAGAGACAUGCUAGAGGAAGCCACCUCUACCCUUGAAACGGUCGAUGGAGGGCAAUUUGGAACGGAAAAGAUCAUUGAUAUGAUGCUGGCGUAUUACGAGAUGUCUCGACGAACAUUUACGGACACUGUCAUCAACCUAGCCAUAGAAAGCUGUCUUAUUCGGAAUUUACCAGACAUUCUCACACCAACCAAGGUUGACAAAAUGGGUGAAGAGAGAAUCAGAGAGCUAGCGGCCGAAGCGGAAGAUGCCCAGGCACGUAGAGAUCAACUCAAAGAGGAAACCAUCGUCUUACGCGAAGGCCUCGAACAGUGCCGCAAAUACAAACCCAGAGGCGUAACUGUUGUGCCAUCCUCAAAGGCAAUAUUUCAGUCUAGUAUUGGAGGUAAAAGCAUGGCGGCCUCGAUGUCUACUUCUACAGCACCAGCCAAAUCGGCAGCUUCACACAUGCCCUUGCUGCUUCCUGCGACGGGGUCAUCCUUGGAUUCCACAUCGCUCAUAUUGUCCACAUCAUCCACAAUGCCGGCAUCUCCUUUGAUCAAACUCCCGGCAGGCCCAUCGGUUGCACAAGGCAAGUCCACACCCCUUGUUUCAGCCCUCAUAUCAUAUCAGCAAGCCGCGAAUAUCAGCAGAUCUGGCUCUAGUGGAAUAGAAAUGGAGCGCUUCGCAGUUUAUUCUAGUCUAGCUCAUCUGCAAACCGUACUGACACUUACUCUAGGGACAGCCUCCAGCAAUGGGGGUCUAACUGGAGGAGAUCAAUCUUCCACUGUGUCGAAUUGCUCUAGUUCUGUUGGUCUAUUUGAUUCGAAACCCCAACCUACUGCUGCACCAAUAACCUCUGGCACUGGAGGCUUGUCUAGUGGAGCUUCUUCAACUACAUCGAAAAGUUCAGGUUCUGGCAACAUAGUUAGGCUUGGUUCGAAAUCCCAAUCUACAACUGCAUCGGCAAAACCUAGCAAUGGGGGAUUAUACGGUGGAACUCCAUCUUCCACUACGCCCUAUGGUUUCAGCUUUGGUUCUAGUAGUCCAUUUGGUUCGGAACCCCAAUCUACUGCUACACCCAUAGCCUCCAGCACUGGGGGAUUAUACGGUGGAACUCCAUCUUCCACUACGCCCUAUGGUUUCAGUUUUGGUUCUAGUAGUCCAUUUGGUUCGGAACCCCAAUCUACUGCUACACCCAUAGCCUCCAGCACUGGGAGCUUAUUUGGCGGAGCUUCUUCUACUACUUCGAAAGUAUCAGGCCCUGGCAGCAUGUUUGGCUCCAAAUCCUGA